AGAGAAGACGUUUUUCGUUAACGCGCGACUCAAGGCUAUCCAAUGUCAAGACACCCGGAUCUGCGACUUCUUUGCACUCAAAAGUCCACCGUCUUGUUUCGCUUCCUCCGGCUGCGACUGCCAUUGCUCUGUCAUCACGCCUCGGCUGACUCGCGUGCGCCUCCGGUCGACGGUUCAUCAGCCUCUUCUCCGUCGUCUGCCUUUUGUUUGCUUUUCAUGAGUGGAUCGAUCGAGAGCGCAUCCUCUUCUCGCUGACGCCCGGCCUUCUUGAACUCAGGGAACCGGCGCUAACCGGAGACGCCCCCGUUGUCGGUCGGAAUUCGCGGAGCAUCGACGCAGACAACAGAGAUCGAUCCACGCUUCCUCAGCGUCCGACGUCCCCGCAGGUGCCUGUUUGCUCGAUCUGAGCUGUACCACUACGGUCACAAAACACCGUCGAAUAAAUUGUCGCGCGAGUCAACGCCAGCGAUGCAGGGACGCAGCCUGUUCUUGGCGAAGGCGCGGCUCUCGUGGUCCCGUUCGCGCGCGUCUCUCUCGGAUUCUGUGAGAUCCUUUCGAUCGUUUUCUCUCUCACAAGCUUCUGCUUGGCUCUCUCCUUUUGUCGUCUCUCCUCGCCUUCCCACUGCUCUUCUGUCUGGUAGUUCGUCUUGCUCCUUGUCCUCUCCUUUCCUGCUCUCCGCCCUCACGCCUUGGUGCCCUUCGUCCUCCUCCCUGGCCGCUCCUCCUUCCGCUCUCGAGUCUCUGUCCUCUUCUCGCUCGAAUUCUCGCUCUUCUGGUCUUCUCUCGUCUUCUGUUUCUUCUUCUCUUCUCUCGCCUCCUCUCUCUUUGUCCAUCGCUUCUCCUCGGGCGUCUUCAGGGUCUCUGGUCGCAGCGGCUGGCGACAGGCAGCGAGCGUCCUCGACUCUGCACCUGUCUGCGGCGCCUUUCUCCACCUGUCGGAGUUCUUUCGCUGCCUCGCUGUCCCCAGGCGUUGUCUCUCCGUCUCCCCGUCUUCUCUUGAUCUGCUUCUGCGCGCUGUCGCUGUCUCUUUUCUUCGUGACUGCUGCGGAGACAGACAGACUCAGAGAGCAGGGAGCAGAGGCUGGAGGAGAACACAAGGCAGAAGUUGGCGAGGACGAACAACUCGGAAAAGAGCGAGACGCAGAACCGGAGUCAAGGAAGAAGGAGGUGAAACGGGAGCCCCCGACGCAAGUUGCCAGCGACAGUGAAACGACGUUUCGAUCCGAGACGAAGAGAAGGACGAAGGACAGACGAGCUUUGAAAGAGAAUCAAGACAUCCCGAUCGGAGUGCGAGAGAGGCAGGAGAGACGGACGAACGCCCGCGAGGCAGGAGACAGAGAAGUCAAACAGAGUCGUACAGACCAUGUCACUCACACACCAGGAGAUACGUUGCUGGAGUCGGUUCCUGAACGAUGUGAGGAUUCGCUGACGCCAGCGGAUCAAGGCCAGUGCCUUCCUGACGAUCUACGCCGUGCCUUCUUCGCGCUCCUCGACGUCGAACAGCCUCGCGUUUCUUCUCCCUCCACCUCGACCUCGUCUUCAUCUGCUUCCUCUGCGUUGUCUCCUUCCUCGUCUUCCUCGGCUCCUGCUUGAUCUCUCCCGUUUCUUCUGUGGCUUCCCUUUUGUUCCACGGUCCUUCUGCUCUCAUGCCUGUUGCCUCGUCGUCUCUCCCUCUGUGCCUCUUCCCCCCUGUCUAUCCCUCUCCUAAGAGCUUCACUCUUUUCGUUAACACAACGGGUGCUUUGUUCGACUUUCCUCCGCCUCCUCGCGUCCACUGUCUGCAUGCGUAGGAUCAGAGAAGGAGAGUGCCUCUGGGGGACAGACACUGAUGCCGCCUUCCCUGUCGCUUCUCCCCUCUGCUUAGGAGAUCUUUGCAGUUACUCUAAAAUUUAGACAGUUUACUGUCAAGUGCGCAACGCGAUGUGCAUACCCAGCUUCCGACCGAAAAAGGCUUGAGAAACGGAACGAACGCAAUUUCGUCUCGUUCGUCGCAAGGGGGAAUUCUGUGGUAUCUACGUCUUUGCCACCGUCUCGGUCUGUGUUUCCAGAUCACUUUUAUGUUGCCUUUCUUUUUUUUUGAGUCGAUACUCACACUCGGAGUCUCCAUUGCUUCUGUCUUAGUAGGCAUGCGAGGCAGACCCGACACGAACGCAAGUCUGAGUGCUUUCAGUUUCGCGGCUGUUUAGGCGCCUGGUUAAAUAAACGGCGAUGCAUGCAAGCA